CAGAACGCGAUUCACGUGCCACGCGCUUGAUCACGCUCUGUCUUCCUCAGAUUCGACCAGCAUGACCUCGACUCCUGGUUCGACUCCUGGGCCUUCCGGAUACUUCAGUUCCGUCCAAAUUCCUACCUCUACGCCAUACAGUCCCACUCCAGCUGCGACGCCCACCAGAGGACGCUUCAGAGGUGCCGCCCCUGCUAACACGACCGUCAGGCCGGGAACCAGUCCCGCGCCAGGGACACCGAGACCUCUACCUGGAGCCACGGAAGCGGGGACUCCUAAAACUCCUGCUGCCACAGGAUCUCUACUGCAGGGUGGCAUCUCGGCGCGGCCUGCCACAGCUUCAACUUACUCUUCCUACUUCCCUACCGCAACGUCCAGCACACUUGCAUCGAGCUCGUUUCCUGCAGCGUAUGCAUCCUCAUUCACCCCCUCAUCUCCCUCGGUCUUCACGGCGCCGACUUCGACCUAUGCGUCAAAUGCGCUGUUGAGUCUUGGUGCAUCCAGUGCAGGAACAUCCCGGGCUGCGGUGGCCAGUGCCUUGGACGAAGACGGAGAUGGAGACGAUGAACUGCUCCCAGGAAUGGCCGACGAAGAUUAUUCUGCCCAGCAGUCCUUCCAGAGUCAAUCAAAGGAUAAUCUCAAAGUAUUGAUGGACAACUUUUCCGACCUGCAGUACGACCGGUAUGAGGCGUAUAGACGACACGCUCUCCCGAAACAGGCGGUACGGAAGGUCAUUCAGCAAACUUUGGGAAUGCAGGUAUCUCCACCAGUCGCCCAAAUAGUCGCGGGUUUUGCCAAAGUCUUCGUCGGUGAAAUGGUCGAGAAAGCCCGAGCUGUGCAGCGGCGACGAGGGGAAACUGGACCACUCUCUCCGGAUCAUCUUCGUGAAGCUUACCGAAUGUAUCAGCAGGAAACUGGCAGUGUUGGAUGCGCCCGUCCUCUUAGAGGGAAAAAGCUAUUUGUUCGAUGAUCAUAAACUUGCUUUUACAUUGCUUAGCUUGUCUCUGACAUGAUCAUCAACCGUCUAUGCACUCUACCAUCAAUGCAAUGGCAAGCGAUCAAGCCUUGUGUCUGCGAAGCUUGAGUGCAAGCGCCCAUGACCGGAACCUCCCUGCACGCGCUUCCGUCCGAUGUCGUUUUGCAGAUCCUUGUGUAUCUAGACGUUCUCAGCUUAGUCGCGUUAUCAUGCGUCGACACACGUCUCAAAGCGCUCUCGCAAGAGCAUAGUUUCUGGUUCCGACCACUCGCGGAGGCGCAUCGCGUCCGGCCUCUCGCGUGUCCAGCCGCAGAUGAUCUGUCCUUACGCACCGCUGCCGAGCUCAGGAGACUCGCGCUGCACUCGCUCAGACUCGAGCGCAACUGGUCGACUUCAUUCCCGUCCGUCGCGAAGCCAGUCAAGACGCUGGCCUUGACGAACCACGACGAGAUGAUGCUGAAUAUACCCGGGACGAACCUGAUCGUGCUGGAAGACUGGGAAGAGGCAACGCUCGUUUGCAUGGACGUGGAGACGGGCGAGCAGAGCGACGCCGUGCGGAUUGGUGCCAUCUAUGACAUGUCGUCACCCGUGGAGGAUAAGGCUAGUUGCGCUAUGUCCGCGCUGUCGGUGAUGUCUGGGAACCAGUUGCGUGCAUCAUCCUUCCCCUGCUACAAGCCUGCGGUCGCUCAUGGAUCUGUUCGUCGGGGUGGUUCGCCAAACGGAGGGCAGAUCACUGGAGAUACAGACAUUCAAUCUGUGUUCCAACGCAAUGCCUGGUUCUUUGUACUGAUUCGCGCCAAGCCAGCUGUAGAGAUUAUGGGCUCAGUGGUGUUCGACAGGACGAUCUAUCUCGUUGUGCUAGUAGGCACGAAUGCAUUCGUCUAUGCCUGUCCCGAAAAGCUGCUUGCCAUCGGAUCACCCUCUGCAGACAUAGACUACACCAUCCGGCGCAGCCACGUCGCGCGCGUCGCUUUGUCCUUUCCGACCGAUAUCACGCGCGUCUGCUUCCCACGCUCCGUUCUGUCCUCAGAACCCCGCUCCGGCCGAAGUUUCAUCUCCGUAACAGAUGUACACGCCCGCCGAGGGGCGACGACGGAUCGUUCUCUCGAGGUCACGUUUUGGCGACGCCCUUGGUCCGAAAGCGACGACGAAAGCGCGCAGCACAGACUUGUGUUGCCUGUGAAGACCGUGGUCGUGGAGGGGAAGCUGACGGAGCACCCGGCCAGUCACGCCGAGCCGCUGAUCAUCGCCAAUUCGGGUCUCACAGUCCUCCUGCUCGUCGAGGUUCCUGAAGCGGACUCGCCCAAGAUGCUUCUGAUACGCUACGAUCCCGCCGAAAAGACGGCCUCCACGCACGAGCUGAGAUUCGACGCCAGCGAGUCCGGAUUGGAUUUGAAGGCAGUUCGCGGAAUCACUUUGGAUGAUCACAUCGGUGUGGUCAUGGCUGUCACAGAAGACAAACGCCUGCAUGUCAUUCCUUACGCAUAG